CCGCCGCCGCCGAGCCUCACCCCAAGCUCAGUUGCCGCCGCCGCAGCCGCGAACAUGGAGCCCCCGGACGCGGGAAUCGGGGCGCGCGGGGCCCCGCGGCUGCUGUGGCUCGCGUUCCUGCUGACGGUGCACCCAGGUGUGCAGGCAGAGGUGCACCUGUCCGUGCCCUCUCUGGUGGAGGUCAUGCAGGGGGAGCUGGUCACCCUGGACUGCACCGUCUUGGAGAACCUCGACCAAUACAUGCUGGAAUGGUUUCUUACUGACCGCUCAGGGACCCGCCACCGCCUCGCCUCAGCUGAGUACCGGAACUCCAAGCUCCAGGGUUCUGUGGACGAUUCUGAGAGCCGCAGCCCCCCAUACCAGCUGGAUUCCCAGGGGCGCCUGGUGCUGGCUGAGGCCAAUGUGGGCGAUGAGCGAGAUUAUGGGUGUGUGGUGAAGGCAGGGGCAGCCGGCACCGCGGAGGCCACCGCCAGCCUCCGAGUGUUUGCCAAACCAGAGGCCCCCGAGGUGUCCCCCAACAAAGGGACAUUAUCAGUGAUGGAAGAGUUGGCCCAGGAGAUCGCCACCUGCACCAGCCGCAAUGGAAACCCAGCCCCGCAGAUCUCGUGGUAUCGGGAUGGGCAGCACUUGAAGGUGCCCAUGGAGAUGAACCAGGAUAGGUAUAUGACCAGCCGCACAGUCCGGGAAGCCUCAGGCCUGUUGUCCCUCACCAGUACCCUCUACCUACGGCUCCACAAGAAGGACCGCAACGCCAGCUUCCACUGUGCCGCUCAGUACAACCUCCCCUCCGGUCGCCAUGGCCGCCUGGACAGCCCUACCUUCCACCUCACCCUUCACUACCCCACGGAGCACGUGCAGUUCUGGCUGGGCAGCCCAUCCACCACCGAGGGCUGGGUGCGCGAGGGCGAUUCGGUCCACAUGCUCUGCCAGGGGGACGGCAGCCCCAGCCCAGAGUACACAUUUUUCCGCCUCCAGAAUGACGAGGAGCAGAGAGUCGGCGUCAACCUCCAGGGAAACUUGACCCUGACGUCUGUGCAUCGGAACCAGAGCGGGACUUACGGCUGCCGUGUGGAGGAUUACGACGCUGAGGAAGACGUCCAGCUGGUCAAGACCUUGCAGCUGCGCGUGGCGUACCUGGACCCCCUGGAGCUGAGCGUAGAGGAGCAGCUUCCCGUGUUUCUCAACAGCAGCCUCACGCCUGUCCAUUGUUCUGCCCACGGCCUGCCCAAACCCACCCUCCACUGGACCAAGGAUUCUGUCCCCCUGGAGGAUGGCCCCACACUCUCCAUUAGCAACAUCACCUUUGAUUCGGCGGGCACCUACCUGUGUGAGGCCUCCACGCCCACCGUCCCCCUCCUCAGCCGCACCCGGAGCUUCAGGCUGCUGGUUCAAGGGUCACCUGAGUUAAAACCCUUAGAGAUGGAGCCCACGCCCAAAGAUGGCUGGACGGAGGGGGACGAAGUGCGACUGGCCUGCUCCGCCCGCGGCUACCCAGAGCCCACGCUCACCUGGAGCCAGCGGGGUGGCACUCCCCCAGAGCCCAGCGGAGGCCCAGGCUGGGUGAGCAGCGUGCUGACCCUGAAGGUGAGCAGCGCCCUGGGCCGAGAGGGCGUCUCCUGCGAGGCCUCCAACGUCCAUGGCAAAACCAGCCACGUCUUCCACUUCGGGACGGUGGCCCCCCAGAUGGCCCAGGCCGGCGUGGCGGUGAUGGCCGUGGCGGUCAGUGUGGGCCUCCUGCUCCUGGUCGUGGCUGCUUUCUACUGCAUGAGACGCAAGGGACGUCCCGGCUGCUGCCGGCGGGCGGAAAAGGGGGCCCCGCCACCAGGGGAGCCAGAGCUGAGCCACUCCGCAUCUGAGCGGCCGGAACACACAGGCCUCCUCAUCGGAGGCGCCUCUGGGGGCGCAAGGAAUGGCAGCGGGGGCUUCGGCGAUGAGUGCUGAGUCCAGCCCCCCCCCUCCCCCCCCUCCCCCAGAAGCCAUCACUGGACCUGACACCUUGGACAUGCGGGACAAGGCCCGCAGGCCUCCGCCCCCUUCCUUCUGCUGCCUACCGGGCCCUCCCUUCCUUCCUCCACCGCCAUGGCCUCGGCCUGGGGCGGGUGCAGUGAGGCUGGGAGGGGCGGGGGGGGGC